GCUCCCCUUUGCCCCCGAGGCCGGGAGACCCGGGCGGCGCUGGGGGGCCGCUGGCGGGCGCGCCUGGCAGCUUCGGGGUGCGCGGUUGGACCCGACCAACUCCGAAAACGGCGAGCGCCCGAACGCUCAGUAAACCCCAGCCGACCCGCACCACAGAACUUCCCGACCCGGGAACUCCGCUUGUGUGUGAACCAAGUUAACACUCAGUUCCAACAUGUCAGCUGGAUGAGAGAAGGGGCUUUGAUCUACCUCAUACACUGCCUGGUCUCCAAUGCCUGGAACAGCACCUGACUCAUAACUCUCAGAGGAUCCAGAACUACAGCCAGUCCUCGCUGGGCUGUUCCUGUCCAUGUGCCUGGUCAUGGUGCUGGGGAACCUGCUCAUCAUCCUGGCCGUCAGCCCUGACUCCCACCGCCACACCCCCAUGUACUUCUUCCUCUCCAACCUGUCCUUGCCUGACAUCGGUUUCACCUCCACCAUGGUCCCCAAGAUGAUUGUGGACAUCCAAUCUCACAGCAGAGUCAUCUCCUAUGCGGGCUGCCUGACUCAGAUGUCUCUUUUUGCCAUUUUUGGAGGCACGGAAGAAGACAUGCUCCUGAGUGUUAUGUCCUGAGUGUAUACAUGCUAUGACCGGUUUGUAGCCAUCUGUCACCUUCUAUAUUAUUCAGCCAUCAUGAACCCAUGUUUCUGUGGCUUUCUAGUUCUGUUGUCUUGUUGUCUCAGUCUUUUAGACUCCCAGCUGCACAAUUUGAUUGCCUUGCAAAUUACCUGCUUCAAGGAUGUGGAAAUUCCUAAUUUCUUCUGUGACCCUUCUCAACUCCCCCACCUUGCGUGUUGUGACACCUUCACCAAUAACAUAGUCAUGUAUUUCCCUGCUGCCAUAUUUGGUUUUCUUCCCACCUCGGGGAUCCUUUUCUCAUACUAUAAAAUUGUUUCCUCCAUUCUGAGGGUUUCAUCAUCAGAUGGGAACUAUAAAGCCUUCUCCACCUGUGGGUCUCACCUGUCAGUUGUUUGCUUAUUUUAUGGAACAGGCGUUGGAGGGCACCUCAGUUCAGAUGUGUCAUCUUCCCCCAGAAAGGGUGCAGUGGCCUCAGUGAUGUACACGGUGGUCACCCCCAUGCUGAACCCCUUCAUCUACAGCCUGAGAAACAGGGAUAUUAAAAGUGUCCUGCGGCGCCUGCACGGCAGAACAGUCUAA